AUUCACGACGGCCACGGACACGCUCGUGCGCUACGAGAGGUAGGCCCGAGGACGACUGGGAAAAGUCAGUUCCGGAAGCCGCGCAAGUUUCUCGGCACGCGCGUACAAGCGAGAUGUACGCGCGACGACGUGUCGGACACCGUCGGCCCGACAGCGAGACAGUUCGGCGCGCGGUCGCGGGGAAUCUUGUCGUUCUUGUUUCGCGUUCUCGCGCCGAUCGGUCGGCCGUCUCGUUUCGAAGGCGUUCGAAACGAGUCGCGGCGCGAGGUUAGGUUAGACCGGGCCGGAUUUCAGCCCCGCCGCUGAAUCCAGUGUUCGUCCGUGCAACGCGUUUUACGAUUGCUGUAGUGCCGGCGGCUGCGAGGCCGUUCGUCGUCGUCGUCGUCGCUGUUAUUGUCGCGGGAGACGUCGCGGUCGUCGGACAGUUGUCGCAGACGCUGUAUUGGAGCAAGAACAUCGUCGGUCUCCUCUCAUUGUCGCAACCCUCGUUGCAUCCGCCCGCGGCGUAACCUACGUCCACGAACGACGUCCUCUGAGCGAGAUGGGCAUCUGGGAGACAAUGGAUUUCACGUCGCUUGACGCGGACAUUCAGGAGCUGAUAAGGGAGAGCGUAGCGGUGCGUAAGAACGCAUACACGCCGUACAGCAAGUUCAAGGUUGGCGCAGCAGUGCGAUGCGCCGACGGUAGUAUCUCGCUGGGCUGCAAUGUGGAGAACGCGUCCUAUCCGGCGGGCGUGUGCGCUGAGGUCACGGCGAUCGCGCGGGCCGUGUCGGAGGGAAAGCAAAAGUUCACGGCGCUGGCCGUAACGGCUGACCAAGAGGCCACCACGUUCACCACUCCAUGCGGGGUGUGCAGGCAGUUCAUUUCAGAAUUCGGCGACGACAUGCCCAUCUAUCUGUCGAGAACCGACAUGAAAAAAGUUCUACGAAUUAAGGUGAAGGAAUUAUUGCCGCUCUCGCCCUUUCGCACGAACGACACGGAGACCUCGUAACUUGCCCUCGCUGUCGGAGGCGAUGUUCGAACAAUACAGAGGCUAUAACGAAAAAUUUUGCGUGUACUUAAUUAGAGUAUUUAUCCAGAACUGAACAUUGAAAAUCUUGUUACAUACAUAUAUGAUUCGACAUAUCAGCAUGAAACUUCAUUUUGAUGAAAUUAUAAUCAACAAUGAUGAAGUAUUAUUUACAAUGUGAUACAUAUGGAUAUAUAUUAGCUUUAAAAUGGCCACGAUAACACCCCAACAAAUAAAAUUCUUACUGUAAUAUUUUUUUCAAAAGGAAAAAAACGAAUUUUAAAGUAUAAGACAUUACCGUUGACUAUUAAAUAGUUGACUAUUAAAUAACACGCAAUACGCCAGCAUAUAUUUUGUUUGCGAUGAUACUGUUACUUCAUACAAAUAAUACAAUAACAGAUUAUAUAUAUAUAUAUAUAUAAUACGAGAUUAUUAUAAAAUCGUAAACAUAAUAAUUUCGUAAAGCUAUAAAUGCAAAAGCAGGCGAUUGCACACUUACGAGACUUCAUUCUUGAUGGAAAGUCUUGUCUCUCGUUUACCAAAACGGACACCUGUAAUAAUAUGCAACAAUGACGUCCAUGUUUUUUAUAUAUAAUUUAUAUACAAUCGUUUCUUGUAAAAUUAACAUGAAUUCUAAGUAUAUUGUUUAUAUAUCUAUAUAUAAUAUGAAAAAUAUGUUGUAAAUGAUAAAAAAAA